AUGACUCAGAGCAACACAGACUUCUCCAUCAGCAUCAGCCACAUCACUCCAUUGGAUAGUGGCACCUAUGACUGCAUGAAGUUCAAAAAGGGGACACCUAGCAUAGAGUAUAAAUCUGGAAAGGGCAAGCAUCAAACCUCCACUGGCUUUUCCCCAAAAAACAUCAGCCUGAAGUGGUUAAAAAAUGGGACUGAACUCCCUGCUCUCUGGACCCAUUUUUUCCCAGAGGGAGAUAGUGUUUCCUACAACCUCACCAGCACCGUGCAGGAGCUGCUCACACCCAGUGACGUUCACUCCAAGGUCAUCUGUGAACUCUUUGUGAUUUUCCUCCUGGGACUCAAGGUUCUCUUGCUGUUCAAUGUCUCCAUAUUCUUUGUCCACAGAAAGCAGAAGACAACAGCUUCAGGGGCCAACCUCUACUUCAAGUGCUCCUCUGCUCCACCUCCUCAGUCUCAACUUCCUCCUACUUUCAGGCAGGGUCCUGGCCUGGGAUAG